CCACAUGCGAAGGCAAAAUAUGUGGAGUGAAUCAGUGAUUUUCCUUUAAAAUCACUGUAAUCAUUACUUAUUGAUCACUAUGUUUCUCUUAGCUGAAAUGAAAGACACUGUGCGAAUGCCACCGACAAAAUUUGGGCUUAAUUUAAUUGAGGCAGUUACAAACGAAUUAAACAAGAAACUAGCAAAUAAAGUUGUUUACAAUGUUGGUCUUUGCAUUGCUCUGCAUGACAUCAUAGAUAUUGGAGAUUCAUUUGUUUUGCCUGGAGAUGGUGCAUCAUGCACUCCAGUCAAAUUUAGAUAUGUUGUAUUUCGUCCUUUUAUUGACGAGAUUUUGAUUGGACGAAUAAAAGCUUGCAGUCAUGAAGGUGUAACAGUUUCAAUGGAGUUUUUUGAUGAUAUUAUAAUACCCUUUGAAUAUUUACAACAGCCUUCAAAAUUUGAUGCGGAAGAACAGCUUUGGGUGUGGGAGUAUGAGACUGAGGAAGGAACACAUGAUCUCUUUAUGGAUAUUAACGAAGAAAUACGUUUUCGUGUGAUUGAUGAAUGUUUUACUGAUUUAACACCAACUGGACCAGAAAUGAUAAUUCAAGAACAGGCAGGAAAUCAAGAGGAAAAAUGCCCGUACAACAUCACAGCUACCAUUACAGAACCUGGUCUUGGGUUGCUUUCAUGGUGGGCAAAUUCUUAAAAUUGUUAAUGAACGAAAGUCUGACAUACUCUUGUAUAUGAUUGUCAAUAAUUGUUGUAUGUAAAUAUAUAAAAAUUCUUGUUAAUCUGGAGAUAACACACUGCAAACCUCAA